UCUUAAGCAGUAUCGGUUGUAUAAGGUUGUAUUCGUUUUAUCGCACAGAAAGCAGACUUUUCACAUGCAGAUAACGAGUAACAAUCCAAUGCUUUCCAGAAAACAUUUGUACAAAAUCGUCAUAUUGGCUUUACUUCUAUAUAUAUCAUCGUUGUUCUACGGGCAAAAAAUCGACGAUUCGAGAUCAGAAGCCAAUGAACAAAAAAUGGGCAAACCCCUUUUCAAAGAAUUCGCUAGUAGCAACCCGAAACAAAAAAUGAAUACUCGCUUGAACAAAACGCUUUGCCACAAACUCGUUAAAAGCAACUUGGCAUACUUUUGCAUUGGUUAUUCUGCCAUUUGCGACCAAGUUGACGGGGUUUAUGCGGAAGAAAAAGCCAAAGAUGAAAAGCUGUGCAAUCUCCUCAACAGACUGGGCUCAGAUAAAUGUAUUCAACACGACUAUGCAUACCUGUACGACUUCCUGUUCAAAAACAUUCGACAUGAACGACUGAAUAUUCUCGAACUGGGACUGGGAUCUGUGGAGGACAAACGAUUCCCAUCUCAGAUGAUGGCAAAAUACACAACAGGUGCAUCGCACAGAGCAUGGCGCGAAUACUUCCCCAACUCGCAAAUAUUCGGAGCUGACGUCAAUCCCGACAGUGUGUUCCAGGAGGAACGCAUCACAACAUAUUACGCAGACAUCACCAAAAAUGACACUUUGAACAGGAUGUUCCAUCAAAUCGUGGUGCCACUGGACAUUCUCAUCGAUGACUCACUUCACAGACCAGGUGCACAGAAGAACCUAUUCUCUGUUGCGUUCCACAAGGUGAAGCCGGGAGGACUUUACAUAGUGGAAGAUAUUGGAAAGACAGUUCUAUGUGAAGAACACUAUCAGCAUUAUAUCGACAUAGGGUUGAAAGACUUUGCAUUUAUUCGGACCAACAAAGUGGGCGAUAGCAUUGUAUCUGUCGCCGUCAAAGCAUCACUCUAACAGCUCCCUCUUCUGAGAAAUUCCAUACUGUGCAUUGCUUCUAACAUC